GGAUUACACUGCAGUCACUCACAGGACAUAAUAACCGCGCACCGGACCGAUCCGCCGGGAAUGAUCAGGAUUGUGGAACCGGAACACGAAGGAAAAGGCGCAAUAGUCCCGGAGGAGUAAUCAUGAGCUGAGGCCAGUGAAGUAAUGACAGCUGCUGGUGGAUCCACGUCUGGAGAUCUUUGUGUAUAGUCGACAGGGGACAAGACACAAUGACAACAGCUGGGCUCGCAACGCAAGACGUCUCAUUGAAAAACAGCUUCAUGCACAGCGCACAGGGGUUAAUGUGCGGAAAAUCAUGUUGGGCGAAUCCUAGUGAGUACGAGAAUACAUUCUACGGGAUGGACACUAUGCCGUACGUCAUGAAAUCUCCCGCCCAACAGCAAACUUCCUCUAUCGGUCAACAUUCUAGGCCCGCCACCUUGAAUGGACAUUGCUGCUCGGAAAACUGCAUGAAGAAAUCCAACGUCCUUCACCUUGGCAUGCCGAUCAUAGAACAUUCUACAAACUGUGAAGAUGACCAAGUUGUUCCUUCCUUUCAGAAACUGUCAAUGAAUGAUGGGUCAGAGAGGACCCCUCCAUUAACGCCUGUUAAGGGUGGACCACCACAAUUUUACGGCAUUCAUCCUAGUGAUCGGAGCUCCCGGCCGUUACCGCCGCUCCCCAUUUCAGAAGAUUAUUCUCUGGAUGAGGCGGACAGUGAGGUAGAAUUUCUUACCAGUUCCGAGACAGACUUGCUCAUACAAGAUGGGAGAUCUUUGGCAUUUAAAUAUGGGGUUCCUAGUAGGCGAAGCUUCAGGGGAUGUGGACAGAUCAAUUAUGCCUAUUUUGAUUCUGGAUCUGCAGCCAAAAAAGCAGAUGAAGUCCCGACCUGUCAACAGAAUGGAUGUGUACAAAACGUAAAACCUCAGAAACCUGAGCAAUGUCACCGGAGGCUACGGAGGUCUCAUUCUGGCCCAGCUGGAUCAUAUAAUAAACACGCUAUUCGGAUACUUGCAAAUAGGACUUCUCCUAAUUCAGAUGAAGACAAACCGGAAGUUCCUCCAAGAAUUCCAAUCCCCCCAAGGCCAUUAAAGCCGGAUUACAGAAGGUGGUCGGCGGAAGUUUCCUCAAACACAUACAGUGACGAGGACCGACCUCCUAAGGUGCCACCAAGGGAACCUUUGUCCAGGAGCAACUCUCGUACACCAAGCCCAAAGAGUCUACCUUCAUACCUCAAUGGCGUAAUGCCACCAACGCAAAGUUUUGCACCAGACCCAAAAUAUGUGAGCAGUAAAGCUCUUCAUAGACAAAACAGUGAAGGAUCGGCCAAUAAGAUCCCUUGUAUUUUGCCUAUUAUUGAGAAUGGAAAGAAGGCCAGUUCCACACAUUACUAUCUUUUACCAGAGAAGCCCCCGUACCUUUAUCGGUAUGAGAAGUAUUUCACGGAAUCUAAAGACGCUUGCUCUGAAUCGUGGUCUGGGGACAGUGGCCUAGCUACAGCUUCUACUAAGCCGGAUGCUAAGGCUAAACUAGACAAUAACCAACCCAAGCGUAAACCCCUUCAGGAUGUCAUCUCUCUGUAACGCGCGGGAUGAGUAGGUCACUAGGAUACUACAGGAUGUUACUUUAGGCCUUCGCGGCUUGUUCGGAGGCGAGGAAAGGACAAGGUGGAUUAAAACAAGGACUAAGAUAAUGGGCUCACUUCUACGUGACCAUUUCUAUGAAGAGAGGUGGAGUCCAUGGUCUCCUGGAAUAAUGUGAGGUAUAAUUUAGGCGUUGUGUCAAUGUGAUGGGUGGGCAGAGGCCCAAGUCACUUCUCUACGUCCCGUUCUGUAGACCACGAUGAGGACAGGUUGGGCAUGACAGAAGAUGACCCCAUGACUUCCUACUGCUGAUAGGUUAUGAACGGUUUCCAGAAGAAUAGUGCAGUAUUUGUGUAUCCUACUUUGUUUUUAACCCUUCCUCAAACAUUUGCCUCUUAACUUGUCUGAAGAUCUGGACUUUACCGUAGGCUGAAGCUCCACAAGCUGCUAGCUGUGUGUUCUCUAGGUUAGGACACCAUUUUUAUUUUAUAUCAUUUCUAGAUAGUAAAAAAACAAAAAGCACAAACAAAUGGAAUUUCUAAGAUGUUCUGAAUGGAAAGUCUUCCAUGGACCUGUCUACCUAGCUAAAAAUAGUGGAGGCAGCCAUUUUCAUGGAGGUCCAAGCAGUCAACCUUACUCUCAAGUAGGGCUUAAACCAUCAGUACAAACUAUGUGGUCACUGAGGUCCAUCUGGUGUCUCUGACAUCUUUAGUUCCGAUAAGUUGGAUGGUCAAGGUGAGAGACUGACAAAAUGGCUGCUUCUACUAUGUAGAUGACUGGAAUGAUUGGCUCCUGUUCACAUACAUGUUUGGUGUUUGUCAGACUCUGCUUUACCCUUCUCUUCUGGUCCAAAGUGUGAAAUGAAGAAAACCCAGUGUUCUUUUGUAGUGAAGUGUUUAUUGUAGAUGCCAGUAGGUUCUCUGUCCUUCUUCUUCUUCUGAUAUAAUAGAUCUGAGGCACGAGCGGGCCUCGUGUCACUUCUGUCUAUUCAGUAUUUUUUCCUUGUGCGUUGUAUAAAUCUGCAGCAGAUCAUACUGGGGCACAUGGCGCCGCCGCUCUGCAAGUUAUGCACAAACUAACUUGGGAGCCAGUUACGCCGCCCCAAACUUUUUGCCAAGGUCAAUAGAAGAGUCGGAGUGUGUGUGGUUGUGUGGACCGUCCAUGUGGAUCCAUGUAUGGGGGGGGGGGGUUUCCCCAUCAGAAGGACGUUCUGCUUUAGAUAAGCAGAGGUCAAAAAAGUGUAGGAGCCAUUAACUGAUACAUGGGUGAGGACUGAGCACCUGAGCAGACCAAUGGCCUUCCCGCCAACAAGCCUCUACGUCAGGCGUGUGAUAUGGUGAUUCCAUAUUGGUGACGAAGGGAAGGUCCAAUAAUACUGAGCUAUAGGUUCAGCAAGGUAGGCUACAAUAAUGGCUGGGUGGGCCCCCAAUAAUGGCUGGGUGGGCCUCAAAUAUUUAUGCUUGAAGCUCUUCCAUUCUGAGAAGACCGAUCCAAGGUUUAUAAAUAAACAGCAUUGAGGUUCAGAUUUGGGGACAGUGAAAUUAAUUUAUAAAGUUUUUUUUUUUUUUUUUUUUUAUAAUAAUGGCCUUUAAUGCUAUGUUCUAUAUUUUUUCCAUUUUAUAGUCUUCUAAUUUUUAGCUAAAAAGUGUAUUUUUUUUAUUUGGAGAAGAAAACCAUAUAGCACUAUCAUCCAUUCUAGAAAUUCAAUCUGAUUUAUAGAUCAUGAGAAAAAAAUAUUUGAGCCAAUAAUGAAGUGGCUCACAUGGCGACGAACGCAGGGGGCGGCCAUCUUGGCUUAUUGUUUAACAAGCUCUAAUCUCUAUAUAGCUCGUAAUCUGUUUUAGUCACAUAGAACUAGUUCUAUCAGUUUAGACACUUCAUUGCUGGUUUCAAUACCCAUUUUGCCAUAAAUAUAAUGGGCCAGACAGAAGGAGCUGGUAGGUGACCUCAUGGUAGUGGUUCUCUCUGGUAAGAAGUGACCACUAUUAGGCCCAUAAGAUGACAACCAGUAGGCUUAUAAGACCUCUAUUAAGUCUGUAAGUGCACCAGUAGGCCCGUAAGACCACCAGUAAGUCCAUUAGGCCCAUAAGACUGCCAGUAGGCCCAUAACACCUCUAGUAGGCCCAUAAGACCGCCAGUAGGCUCAUACCACAUCCAUUAGGCCCAUACAACAUCGAGUAGUCUCAUAAGACCUGUAGUAAGACCACACUGUCCCUACAUUGGCCACCUCUGUUGUGCCCCUAAGGUAAAUGUUCAGCGAUGGCUGACAAUAUAACAGGAGUAUUAAUUGCACAGUAGGGCGGUGGAUUAUCUUCCCUCAGGCCACCAGGAGACGUAUGUUUGUGACUUUUUUGUAAGUAAAAAAAAAAAAUGCUUCUUUCCUCUCGUCUUUUAUUUUUUUUUUAGGCUUCUUCUUUACCAUAAAUCUUAAGACAACUAAAGUGGCUUCCGAAGUCUUGCAUACGGUGUCGGGGAAUGGCGCAGAAGGAGUUGCGUCCUGACACUGUGCUUGACACUUUGAUUGACAGUCCUUUUUUUUUUUUUUUAUUUUAAAUAAAGGUAGAGAGGUGCUGCUGGGUAAAAAAAAAAAACAGAUACGACACUGUUGAGAAGAUGUAGAAGCUGGCGCAGGUGUGAACAGUGGCGUAACCUUAAGCCAAUCAGAUCUCCCCAGUCACUGUGCCUCCAGCUGUUGCAAAACUACAACUCCCAGCAUGCCCGGACAGCCAGCGGCUGUCCGGGCAUGCUGGGAGUUGUAGUUUUGCAGUAGCUGGCGCCACCCUGAUCUACAGGAUGGAGUUAAAUGUGAGGCGUGAGCUGAUUGGCUGCCGAGGGUGACGCCCCCGCUUAUCCCCAGCGUGUAUACGUCGCCCCCGUAUCUGUUUCUUCAUUAUCCGCUGAUACACAUACUGUUUACAGUUAAAAACUGAUUUAUAAUUAACUAUUUAAGUUACAUUUUUAUUUUAUUUUUUUAUUUUAAUACAGACUAAAUGAAGGUAUAAAUAUUAGCAUAAAAUGCACUGAUAUUCCGGCAUAUGUACAGUAUUGGAUAAAGAAUGAUUCUGUUCGUUUUGUUAUUUUUGGAUAAUACUGUGUGUUAUCGUGUUGUGUCUUUUUUUUUUUUUUUUUGGAAAUUAAUAAAGCUAUAAUAUACUUAUUUAUGACAUAGCUUAUGGUGCCAGUUUAUUACCGCAAUCGGCCGUGCAUUUGUUUGGUCUGCUGGGGACACUAGUUUAAUCAUUUCUGGCUGGGUAAAUAAACUUUACAAAGGGAGAAAUGUUUAAAAUAACCUGUGGAAGAAAGUUAUACAGAGCUGCAGUGGCGUCACGAGGGGGUUAAUGGGGCUGGAGCCCCAGGGCUGGUUAAGGCUCACUUGCUCAUAGCGCUGCAGGACACUUGUUGCUGGAUUCCCAGGUGAGCCAGUGCUGUUAUCAGCUGUAUGCUUACAUUAUAGGGGAGAUUAUAAAGGAGAUCUGCAGUCCUAGACACUUAUUUCCUAUGCCCUGUCUGAUCAUGGGCGGUCUGAAUGCUGGGACCCCCAGCCCCU